AUGCCGAGUAUUCUUGUUGAAACCGGCUUUCUCAGCAACAAAGAAGAAGAAGAAUACCUGAACAGCAAUAAGGGGCAGGAAGAAGUGGUAGCCGAUAUUGUUGAAGGGUUCAGAAAAUACAAGCAGUCAAUGGAAAAUAAGGGCAGCAAGCCGGCGGCUGCUAACGACGUAGAUAUUCCCAAAAAUUCUUUUGCCACCAUCAGUUCGGAUCUGCUGGGCGCCGCUACGCUUACCAUUACCCGUGGCGACAGCAAAGACCUGAUGAAAAACGGCGAUACCCUGCUCACCCAGAACACGUCCGGCUUUAUUGACGGCAUACAAGCCUCGCUGAACCCUGCACUGACCUCUGUAAACGGCGCAGUUCAGAGCCUGGACUCCCUCUUAAAAGUAAUCGGCACCUAUUUUGACCCCGCCACCAAGAAUAAUUUCCAUGCCAUCAUUGGCAAUCUUACCAAAAGCUCUGCAGAACUGCAGAUAAUGCUGAACUCACAAACAGGCGACCUGGCCAAAACACUGGGCAAUGUAAAUGCGUUUACUGCCAACCUUGCCAAAAACAACAAUAAAAUAGACACCACGCUCAAUAACCUGGCCCAGGCAAGCGGUAAAUUUGCCAAUAUUAAAAUUGAUGAAACGCUCAGCAGCCUGCAGGGUGCGAAAAUAGACUCAGUAACCCAGCUGCAGAUGCUGGCCGGUCAUGUGGAACUGGAGCAGGAUAAUACAAAAUUCUAUUGCGACAGUGCCGUCAUUAAUAAACACCUGAACAUACUGGAGGCAUUUGGCAAUGUACACAUCAAUGAUGCAGACAGUAUCCACACCCGUGGCCAGUACCUGAUAUACCAUAUAGAUACCAAAACCGCUGUACUGAAGAAGAAAGUAUCGCUUACAGACGGCAAAGGCAUACUCACCACCGAAGAACUGCAGUACGACACGAAGGCCAAAACCGGCACUUACAAUACAGGCGGCAAAAUAGUGAACGGCAAAACAGUUAUUACCAGUAAAGAGGCCACUUAUUAUGGUGAUCUGAAAGACGUUUACUUUAAGAAAAACGUAGUAAUGAAAGACCCGGCUUAUGAUCUUACUACAGAUUCGCUGCUGUAUAAUACAGAUACAAAGAUGGCCACCUUCAUAACCAAAACCCUCAUUAAAGACAGCAGCGGCGCCAAUAUUGUUACUACAGACGGCUAUUACGAUAUGCAAAACCGGCGUGCCAGCUUUGGCAAAAGAUCGGUGAUUAAUGACGGGAAAGGCGUUACCCUCACCGGCGAUGAUAUUCAUACCGAUGACUCCACCGGCAUCACCAGCGUAAGGGGCAAUGCUGUAUUUAUAGACACUGCGCAGAAGAUAUCUGUAUUAUCCAACUUCUUUGAUAUCGACAAAAAGAAAAACAGCUUCCUCGCCACGCAGCGCCCGCUGAUGAUCAUCCAGCAGGACAAAGACUCUAUAUACGUUACGGCAGAUUCUAUGUACAGCGCCCGGAUAGCUGAUAUCAGGGAUUCUGCCUAUCGCAGUCUGGGGUACCUGAAUAUACCCAUACCCGCAAGAGACAGCACCGUAAAAAAAGACAGCCUGCUGCAGAAAAAAGCCAUUGCCGGUAAAGAAACCAAACUACCCAAAGACACUAUUAAGAAUACGGUUGUUGUGGGUGCAAAAGACAGCAGCGAUAUCCGCUUUUUCCAGUGCUACCAUCAUGUACGCAUAUUUUCUGAUUCAUUGCAAGCGGUAUGCGACAGCCUGUUUUACUCCGCCAGCGAUUCUGUGUUCCGCCUGUUUACCAAACCUAUUGUGUGGGCCAGCGGCAGCCAGGUAACCGGCGAUACUAUGUACCUUUUUACAAAGAACAAAAAAGCCGACCGUGUUUACGCUUUUGAAAACAGCCUGGCCAUCAAUAAGGCCGGGGAAAAUAUGUUUAACCAGAUAAGCGGUAAAACGCUGAACGGUUAUUUUAAAGACGGUUCCAUUGAUUAUAUGCGCACCAAGGGCUCCCCGGCCCAGAGUAUCUAUUACGCCAAAGAUGAAGGCGGCGCCAUUGUGGGUGUUAAUAAUGCCAGUGGCGAUGUAAUUGAUAUGCGCUUUGAAAACAAGGAGCUGAAGAAAGUGGUUUUUGUAAGAGAUGUCACCGGAUAUGCACAGGAAAAAACCGUGACCGGUAAAGUGCUCUCCGAUGGAGAAAAUGCGCCUUUGCCAGGUGUUACAGUGCGUGUAAAAGGCAGCAACAGGGUAAGCCAGACCAAUACUGAGGGCUUGUUUACCAUUAAAGCCAGCAAAGGGGAAACCUUGCUGCUUACCUAUGUUGGCUACGAUCUGGCCAGCAUUUCCAUAGGAGAUGGCACUAUGGUAUCGGUUAAAAUGAAAAAAACGGAUGCCCAGCUGGGCGAAGUGGUGGUAACCGCGAUGGAUAUUAAACGCAAUCCGCGCGAACUGGGUUAUUCUGUUCAAACUGUAAAAGGAUCCGACAUUGCGCAAACACAGAGAGAGAAUUUUGUAACCGGUUUACAGGGAAGGGUGUCCGGCCUCACGGUAACGCCCACAUCAGGAGCAGCGGGUGCCUCUGCAGGCAUUGUAUUGAGAGGUUUCAAUACGCUCUCGGGCAAUAACCAACCCCUGUUUAUUGUAGACGGUAUUAUACUGGAUAACCAGACGCUUAACUCCAAUUCACAAAGCGGCAGUGGUAUUGGCCUUGCCUCUGAUGGCAAUAACCGCAACAACGACAAUACCAACCGCAUCGCUGAUCUUAACCCCAACGAUAUAGAAUCAGUAACGGUGUUGAAGGGCCCGGAAGCAACAGCCUUGUAUGGCAGCCAGGCCAGUUCCGGCGCCAUUGUAAUUACCACAAAAAAAGGAAAAAGCACCAACAGCAAAUUGCUGUUAAACUAUGAUAACAAUUUCCGCUUGCAGAAAAUCACCCGCUACGGACUGGUGAACAAUGAUUACAGUCCGGGUACCAGCAAUAAUAUUCCGUUUGUAAGUCCCACCAUUGCUGGUUCAUUUACUUCAUUUGGGCCCGCCUGGAAAGCAGGUACACAACUGUACGAUAAUCUUCACCAGUUUUUCCGCACCGGGUUUUCCCAAACCCAUAACCUGAGUGCAGAAUUUGGCAGCCAGAAUGUGGGCUUCAGGGUCUCAGGUCAAUACUUCGACAGCAAGGGCGUUGUACCCAACAACAGCUAUAAAAGAUACAAUAUCAAAAUUUCCAACACUACCAGAAUCGGCAAAUACAUCACUCUUACACCAUCCAUUGGCUAUACCAAUGCAGAGAACCUGCGGCCGCUGAAAAGCUCUACUUCUACAGCAGGUGCUGGCGGCUACCUGGUAGAAUUGUAUCAGUGGCCGGCCAAUAAUGAUAUCAGGAAUUUUGAAGAUGCCAAAGGGAAUAAGCUGCUAACAUUUAACCCCAACCGCAACAGCGAUUUUGACAAUCCGCUGUGGAGCGCUAAAUACAACCGCAGCAGUGACGUAAACAAACGCAUCGUAGCAACGAUGGGUAUUGAUAUCAAUCCCUUUCCCUGGUUAUCUGUAGCCGGCAGGUUUGGUUAUGAUACUUACAAAAACGAUGGCUUUGUGUUUAUCCACCCCCAGUCAUUUAUGGUGAGCACCGCCAUUGCCGGCAGCCUUGACAAUUACUACCGUACCUAUACCGGCUACAACCAUACCAUUACCGCAACCGUUAAAAAGAAAAUCGGUGAUUUCUCCACCAGGUUACUGGUAGGUACCAUGUGGCAGGAUUUUCAGACAAAGCAAUUUGCGAUAUACGGUACCAACCUGAUUGACAGCACCCGCACCGACAGCAGCAACACGGCUAUAAACACAAGAAGGCGUUUGCUGAGAAACAACAGCGGGCAGCCCAAUGUGAACAUCUUCCGUGAAAUUGCUUAUUUCGGGGAAGCUUCCGUGGGGUACAAGAACGUCAUCUUUCUUACCUACUCUCACCGGUUUGAAAGUGCUUCGCCUAUUCCAAAAGCCAACCGCAAUUAUAACUAUCCCGGUGCCAGCCUCAGUGUUAUACUUUCUGAUAUGAUCCCGGCACUUAAAAGCCAGGACGUAGUAAACUAUAUUAAACUGCGCGGUUCGCUGGCCAGCACCGCCCGGUUGAACGACCCCUACUCCAACCAGGCCUUUUUUGUAAACAAUUUCAGCAGCACAGCAACAGCGCAAAGUUUUACUUACGGCUUUACCAAUGCCAACCCCGACCUUACGCCCGAACGGCAAAAGACCUACGAAGUUGGUAUGGAACUCAGGUUUCUUAACAAUGCUGUUUCACUGGAAGCAGCCUACUACAAUACGCUUUGCACCAACCAGAUUGCACAGGGGUACAGGGCCAGUUAUGCUACCGGUUUCAUCCUGAACACCCAAAACGCUGCUUCACUGCGCAACCAGGGUAUAGAACUAACGUUGAACCUUAACCCAGUAAAAAAACCAGACUUCACAUGGAAUAUUGGUUUUAAUUUCAGCCAUAUGUGGAGCAAAGUGCUUACGUUACCGGCAUCCAUCGACCUGUUAAAAGACUUUUACAACUCAGAUACCUAUAUCAGCAAUGUAAGAGCCGGCCUGGUGAGAAACUACUCUACCGGCACCCUUACCGGAUCUACCUACCAGCGCAAUAACGCCGGGCAGAUUCUAAUCGACCCGUCUACCGGUAUCCCUUUAACCACCGGGGCAGGCUCCAAUACAGUAAUUGCAGACAGAAUUCCGGACUUCACUUUAGGAACGCUGAAUACAUUCCGUUAUAAAAACUGGAACCUGAGUUUUCUAUGGGACCUGAAAGUGGGUGGUGAUAUCUACAACGGAACAGAUCAACUGCUCACCGGCCUUGGCAAAAGUGCCAGAACAGCCAACCGCGGUGUGCCAAUAGUGGUAGAAGGCGUUUUGAAUGAUCCUUUAAGAAACAGUGCUACGCCUACAGUAAAUACAUUACAGAUUAUACCCCAGUACCUGAGCACAUAUUAUACUACCAUGCCGGAUGAAGAAUUCAUCCAGAAAGAUGUAAACUGGUUCCGCCUGCGCGAUGUGACGCUGAGUUAUACGCUGCCGCAAAAAAUGGUAAAAAGGCUGCGGGCAUUUAAGGGACUGGGUGUUUUUGUUACCGGCAACGACCUGGUGCUGAUUACCAAUUAUUACGGUGCAGACCCCGCCGUGAAUGCCAAUAAUCCUGGCACCAAUGGUGUAGGCGGUUAUGAUGCGUAUUUGAAUCCCAAUGCACCGGUAAAAGUGCCUGUGGAAACCAUACUCCCGGGUGUGCUGGGCGGUUUUACCGCUUUCAACUCUGCAGCCGGCACCAAUUUUGGCCUGCAGAUAGACGAUGUAUUGCUGGGCCGUUACAUUCAAUACUGGGGCUCAACCACCAAUAACGAAAACUAUGGCGGCAUGGGCGGUACCGUAGGAAGUGAUAAUACCGGUGGCAUCUGGGGAACCGUUUAUUUUGGCCAGGGUGGCAAUGUAAACAAGAUCAUUGAAUGGGGCAUUGAAGACCAGAAAUGGGAUUUUGUGGGCGUUGCCUAUGCCAUCAGGGCAUGGGGCUGGCUGGAACUGACCAACCAGUACGGAGAUGCCAUUUUAAAAGAAGCUUUUAACACCAGCCAGUCGCAGUUUAAAUAUGAUACCCAACCAGAAUUUUAUGACAGCUGCAGGGCCAUCUGCUUCCGUGCGCUGAACUACCUCAACAGAACAGACGGCAAUGUAAAUCCUGCAAACCUGGCCAUCAGCGAUGCCUACUUUAAUGGUGGCGAUAUCAACAAAUGGAAGAAAUUUGUGUACGGUAUACUGGCGCGCUCUUUCAUUGAUUUAAGUGCCAAAGGAAUUUUUAAGACCAAUAAUUAUGCAGACUCCGCCAUAAAGUAUGCAACACUGGCCAUGAGCAGCAACAGUGAAAAUUCCAUGGCUACUUUUUCUUCUGCCAAUUCCAGCAAUGGAUUUAACAGUUAUUUCGGACCCACCCGUAACAAUAUCGGCACCAUCCGCCAGGGCGGCUAUAUUGCAGACCUGAUGUCUGGUGAGAACGCGGGCGCUUUCAAAGGCGCUUUUGACCCCAGGGCCUGGUACAAACUCAGUGAAAACGCCAAUGGCACAUUUAAAGGCGUAUCGCCAUGGCUGGGCGUAACGGAAUACAUGACUGGUGCAGUACCCACCGCCAACUAUCCCAAAAACUUUUGGCGCAAUGCUUCUGCGGUGCAAACAGUGGGCACAGAUGACAGUGCCCGUUACGUAUAUGGCAACCGCGGACCAUGGCCUAUAAUGACGGCUUCCGAAAUGCAAUUCAUUAAAGCAGAAGCUGCUUAUCUGAAAGGAGAUAAAGCCACUGCACUGACAGCCUAUACCAAUGCGCAAUAUGAUAAAGGGCAUGGGGUUACUGGCGGUGUCUUUUCUUUACCUGUCCUGUACCCGCGAUAUUCCCAAUGUAGCAGCACUGACGGAGGGCAACAGCAAUGCCGCUACCAUGCAGGUGUUUAA